AACAGUUCGAGUGCGAGCGCCGUACGGUUCGGACGUGUGGGCCACGCACAAUUCAAUUCGCCAAUUUCGCAGAGUUAACAAUAAAAAGUCUAACAGCAGAGAGAAACACAAGGCCUGAACAAGUGAAAGAGAAAUUAUUGCUAUAGCGCCGCCCGAGAGCCGUGAAAAUACACCCAGAAUAAAAUGUGCGCUUAGUGAAACAGUGGCCAGCAUACAAGAAAAAAAUGUCAAUUCGCAGUGACCAAGAGUGAGAAAUCCAAACCUAAAAACGCGAACAACUACACCCUCGUCAGAGAAACCCUUAACCCCCAAACGAAAGUACCCAAUUAUGGCGGCGAUCCUGCUGCUCCUGGUUGGGUUAUCCUGGAGUUCCCUAGCCGGAGCUGCCCUGGCGCCCAAGGAGAGUGGCGAAUCGAGUGCCAGUGCCAUGUUGGGCGCCGGAACAGGAGCCGCGGCCACAGUGUCACUAUCCGGCGACUACUCCUCGCUGCUGUCCAACGUGCCGGCAGCCUCGCCAGUUCCGGCCUCCCCGGCGCACAGUGGUCCGGCGAAUCAGUGCUCCUGGUCCUACAACGGCACCAGUUCGGUGCACUGCGCCCUCCGCCUGAUCGAGCGCCAGCCGGGACUCGAUCUCCAGGGCGCCGAUGGCAGCAGCCAGCUGACCAUCCAGUGCAGCGAGCUCUACCUCUUCGAGUCCUCGCUGCCGGUGGCCGUUUUUGCCAGAUUGCAGACUCUGGAGGGUCUGCGCCUGGACUCCUGCAAACUGCUACAGCUGCCCAAUAACGCUUUUGAGGGCCUGGCCACCUUGAAGUCCCUGCGCUUGAGCACCCACAACAGCGAAUGGGGACCGACGAGGGCCCUGGAGCUCUUCCCCGACUCCCUGGGCGGCUUGAAGCAACUCACCGACCUGGAUCUGAGUGACAAUAAUCUGCGUCAACUGCCCGCAGGAUUCCUCUGUCCGGUGGGCAAUCUCCAGGUGCUGAAUCUCACCCGCAAUCGCAUUCGCACCGCCGAGCAGCUGGGCUUCGCGGACAUGAACUGCGGAGCGGGUUCCGGAAGUGCUGGCAGUGAACUCCAGAUCCUGGAUGCCAGUCACAAUGAGCUGAGGUCCGUGAGCGAAAGCUGGGGAAUUUCCCGACUCCGACGAUUGCAGCACCUCAAUCUGGCGCACAACAAUCUCUCCGAGCUGUCCGGCGAGGCCCUGGCCGGAUUGGCCUCCCUGCGGAUAGUGAACCUGAGUAAUAACCACCUGGAGACCCUGCCCGAAGGUCUCUUCGCCGGCUCCAAGGAGCUGAGGGAGAUUCAUCUGCAGCAGAACGAGCUCUACGAGCUGCCCAAGGGACUGUUCCAUCGUCUGGAGCAGUUGCUGGUGGUGGACUUGUCCGGGAACCAGCUGACCUCCAAUCACGUGGACAACACUACGUUCGCCGGGUUGAUCCGACUGAUUGUGCUGAAUCUGGCCCAUAAUGCAUUGACCCGCAUCGAUUACCGCACCUUCAAGGAGCUGUAUUUCCUGCAGAUCCUGAAUCUGCGCAACAACUCCAUCGGACACAUCGAGGAUAAUGCCUUCCUGCCCCUGUACAAUCUGCACACCCUCAAUCUUGCCGAGAAUCGUCUGCACACACUGGACGAUAAGCUGUUCAAUGGACUGUAUGUGCUGUCCAAGCUGACGCUGAACAAUAAUCUCAUUAGCGUGGUGGAGCCAGCUGUGUUCAAGAACUGUUCGGACUUAAAGGAACUGGACCUGAGUUCCAAUCAGUUGAAUGAAGUGCCUCGUGCUCUGCAGGAUUUGGCCAUGUUGCGAACUCUUGACCUGGGCGAGAAUCAAAUCCGCACGUUCGACAAUCAGAGCUUCAAGAAUCUGCAUCAACUAACUGGUCUGCGGUUGAUUGAUAAUCAAAUCGGAAAUAUUACUGUGGGCAUGUUCCAGGACUUGCCACGUUUGAGUGUUUUGAACUUGGCCAAGAACCGCAUCCAGAGCAUCGAACGGGGUUCCUUCGACAAAAACUUCGAGCUGGAGGCCAUUCGGCUGGACAGGAACUUCCUUUCGGACAUUAAUGGAGUUUUCGCCACUCUGGUCUCCCUGCUGUGGCUUAAUCUCUCCGAGAAUCACUUGGUGUGGUUCGAUUACGCCUUUAUUCCCUCGAACCUAAAGUGGCUGGAUAUCCAUGGAAACUACAUCGAGGCACUGGGUAACUACUACAAACUGCAGGAGGAGAUUCGAGUGAAGACCCUGGAUGCCUCGCACAAUCGCAUCACGGAAAUCGGACCGAUGUCCAUACCGAACACAAUUGAGCUGUUGUUUAUCAACAAUAAUCUAAUUGGCAAUGUGCAGCCCAAUGCGUUUGUGGAUAAGGCAAAUCUGGCCCGAGUGGAUCUGUAUGCCAAUCAGCUGAGUAAAAUGCUGCUGCAGCAAUUGCGAGUGGCCCCAGUGGUUUCGCCCAAGCCGUUGCCUGAGUUUUACCUGGGCGGCAAUCCCUUCGAGUGCGACUGCACCAUGGACUGGCUGCUGAGGAUUAACAAUCUGACCACCCGGCAGCAUCCCAGAGUGAUGGACAUGGCCAACAUCGAGUGCGUGAUGCCACAUGCCCGUGGCGCUGCAGUGCGUCCUCUGAGUGGCCUUCGUCCGCAGGACUUCCUCUGUCGCUACGAGUCGCAUUGCUUUGCCCUCUGUCACUGCUGCGACUUCGAUGCCUGCGACUGCGAGAUGACCUGUCCCAGCAACUGCACCUGCUACCACGACCAGAUCUGGUCCACCAAUGUGGUCGACUGUGGUGGCCAGCAGACCACCGAGCUGCCUCGUCGCGUUCCCAUGGACUCGAGUGUGGUCUAUCUGGAUGGCAAUAAUUUCCCGGUGCUAAAGAACCAUGCAUUUAUCGGCAGGAAGAACCUGCGGGCUCUGUACGUGAAUGGCAGCCAGGUGGCGGCCAUCCAGAAUCGCACCUUCGCCAGUCUGGCCUCGCUGCAGUUGCUCCAUUUGGCCGACAACAAGUUGCGUUCGCUCCAUGGCUACGAAUUCGAGCAGCUUUCAUCGCUGAGGGAGUUGUAUUUGCAGAAUAACCAACUGACCACCAUUGAAAAUGCCACACUUGCUCCCUUGGCGGCCUUGGAGCUGAUCCGCAUCGAUGGAAACCGACUGGUCACCCUGCCCAUUUGGCAGAUGCACGCCCUCCAUUUCGGCCCGGGAUUGCGAUCCAUUAGCUUGGGCAGGAAUCAAUGGAGCUGCAGGUGCCAAUUCCUGCAGGCCCUCACCGCCUACGUGGCGGAUAAUGCCCUGAUUGUCCAGGAUGCCCAGGAUAUCUACUGCAUGGCCGCCAGUUCGGGAGCCGGUGGAUCUGGGGAUCUGGAGGAUAGCUCCUCGAGUGCUGGAUCUCUGGAGAAGCGGGAGCUGGACUUCAAUGCCACUGGAGCUGCCUGCACGGAUUACUACUCCGGUGGUUCGAUGUUGCAGCAUGGCAUUCCUGAAUCGUACAUCCCUCUGUUGGCUGCUGCACUGGCUCUCGUCUUCCUGCUGGUGGUCAUAGCCAUGGUCUUUGCCUUCCGGGAAUCCUUGAGGAUCUGGCUGUUCGCCCACUACGGCGUCCGUGUGUUUGGACCACGUUGCGAGGAGUCGGAGAAGCUGUACGACGCCGUGCUCCUGCACUCCGCCAAGGAUUCGGAGUUCGUGUGCCAGCACUUGGCCGCCCAGCUGGAAACGGGAAGACCCCCGCUAAGGGUCUGCCUGCAGCAUCGGGAUCUGGCCCACGAUGCCACCCACUAUCAGCUGCUGGAGGCCACGAGGGUUUCGCGACGAGUGGUCAUCCUGCUGACCCGCAACUUCCUUCAGACGGAGUGGGCCCGCUGUGAGUUAAGGCGUUCCGUUCACGAUGCCUUGCGUGGCAGGCCCCAGAAACUGGUCAUCAUCGAGGAGCCCGAGGUGGCCUUCGAGGCGGAGAGCGAUAUAGAACUGCUGCCCUAUCUUAAGACAUCGGCUGUUCAUCGCAUCCGACGCUCGGAUCGCCACUUCUGGGAGAAACUGCGCUACGCCCUGCCCGUGGACUAUCCCACAUUUCGGGGCAACAACUACACGCUGGAGCUGGACCACCACAACCACGAGCGGGUGAAGCAGCCGGCCAGUCCCGGCCUGCUCUACCGCCAGGCCCCGCCCCCCGCCUACUGCGGCCCGGCGGAUGGCAUUGUAGGUCCUGCCCAGGUCCAAUCCCCAGCUGUGACUGCCUCUGUUCCCGCAGAGCAGAACUACUCCACGGCCACCACGGCCACGCCCAGCCCAAGACCCCAGAGGCGGGGUGAGCAGCAGGUAUCCGGAUCCGGAUCGGGAUCGGUUUCGGUUUCGGGAUCCGGGAACCAUCACCUGCACGCCCAGUACUACCAACACCAUGGGAUGCGGCCGCCCUCGGAGCACAUAUACUCCAGCAUCGACUCGGACUAUUCGACUCUGGAUAACGAGCAGCACAUGCUGAUGAUGCCAGCGGGCAUUGGCAUGGAGGCGGCCCAGCGGGCUCAGACAUGGCGGCCCAAGCGGGAGCAGCUGCAUCAUCAGCAGGCCCAGGCCGGAACACUGGGCUCCAAGGCGCAACAGCAGCAACUGCAGCAGCAGCAGCAACAGCAACAGCAGCAACAGCUACAACAGCAACAGCUACAGCAGCAACAGCUACAGCAGCAACAGCUACAGCAGCAACAGCUAAAUCAGACAGCCGUAUCCGGACAACAGCAGGGACCUCAUGUCCAGGCGUAUCUGGUGUAAAAGGGGGCAAAGUGACAGUGAUUUCUUUAGGGACUGGUUCCUGUGCAUAAUUUUAAUUACUAAAAUAUGUGCGAGUUAAGCUAAGGGAGGGGAAAACAAAGAUAGAGAUGCGGAAGCAGCAAAUAGACAGACAGAUUUUAACGUAUAUUAUUUUGUUUAUCCAGUGUAAAGUCAUUUUAGAUGCACUAAACCAACACAGCCCCAGGAAAAGAGCACACACACAUACAAACAAGACAAAGAUACAAGAUACAAGACACAAGAUACAGAUGCAGUUGGGGCAGCAGAAUGAAUGACGAGGGCCUUGGUCAUGUCAAGUGUGUGUAUCCAAGGGGGAGAAAGUGAACAGGGAUGCUACAAACUACACAAUGCCAUUUCAAAGUUUCCAUCCAAACUUUACCACAGCAAAACUUAGUUUUCUCCCUCACAUGAGCACACGAACUUGUUCAUCUCCUGGCAUUUGCUUAGCCGAGAAUUGCCCGAGGGGGGAAUUUGUGAUAACUUUUUAAUAUGGUUUUAAUCAGUUGGACUCUAGAACCUCGACUAUAAAGAUUCCCCGAGUUGCGGUGAAGUUUCGAAGAGGCCAAGCUUAUGACUGCACUUGUGUGCCCCAAUUUGAUUGUUCAAUAAUUGACUUGAUAAUUGCCAUUAAUCCGGUAUAGGUCUCAGCCUCAGCUGCCCAUGUAUCCACGCAUCUCCUGCAUCAAUUUGUAAAUAGCUCUCAAUACCGUAUUUACUGCCCAAACAUAGAUAUAUACACACCACAUACACCUUUAUAUAGAUACAGAUGCAACCGUAUCGUAACCGUAUGGGGAUAAUUCAAUAAUCACAUUCAAGUACACAUGUAAAUUGUAUGCCGCAGCCACAGCGAGCCGUAAAAUCGAUAAAUGCAUUUGUCAAGUAAUCUGUAUGUAAAAAGCAUAAAUAAUUAGCUAGCAAACCGAGGGCCCCGGAAAGAUUUUCCGUGGCUAACUCCACAUCAUAAUAAUAUGCAGAUGGGCGGUAAACAAAAGCCGAAACAGUAAAGCUCAUUUUAAACACUUACGCUUACCAAACUAACGAUAAUUGUAAUAAAAGUUUCGCAAAACUGGCGCGGCGCAUACACAAUAUGCAUAGCUAAUUAUAUAUAUAUAGUACAUACGUAUAUUCAUGGAUAUAUCAAUGUGCGUGUCUGCAUGUACGUGACUGUGUAAAGUAAAGCAAACUACUGAUAUUAAAGAACUACUAUGUAUGAGGUACCAUAUAUAUAUAUAUAUAGGCCCGCAAAGUACGUAUAUCUACGCAUAUAUUAUACGAGUAAAUGUUUAACAACUGCCUAUAGAACGUACGAAGAGAGAGCAUUUAUUUCAGCACACUCGCCUACUCGUCAUUAAUUAAGCAAAUCAGUUCGAAACUAUCGAGAUACAAAACAUUGGGAGGGGGGGUUGGAUGAAAAACCCCCCUCCCCUCUCACAUAAGACACUUGUACCAGUAUGAAAGCCCAAAACUGUUAUUUAUUUUUAUCAUUUUGUAAUAUACGAAGAUCAGCCCUAAGUUUAGUUCUAAUGCAGUUCUACGAUAAUGUAUAACCUAUGGAUAAUUCAAUUUUGUGAAUACAACUAUUUAUAUACUAUAUACAUUUAAAUCUAUGUACGAUUACGACAAACAACAAACAAAGAUAUUUUUCUGUUUCGCCAG